AUGGAAGAACCAGUGCUUGAUAAACUGACCUCUUUGUGCAGUACCCCAAAGGAUUCUGGGACAGCAGCUACACAGGGGACUAGUUCAGGGAAACAGCCAAUGAGUGCAGCUUUGAGGGAGCGAUUAAGGAAAACAAGACGUUCAUUUAACGCUAAUUUUACAGUGGCAAAGCGGCUCAAAAUAGACACUGAAGAAAAAGACUGUGCUGAUCCUGAAAAAGGGUGCCUGCCAGAGACGAGUACAGAUUGUUCCAGAUUACAAGAUGGUUCUAAAAACCUGGAACAAAAUGGCACUGGGCAUAUGUGUUUCAAAAGUCCCUUACAGGAGAGUCGUCUCUGUCGAUCGGCAGAGAAUUUUCAUGUGCUACAGGCUGAUCUUAGCCAGCAACAGUACCUGGAAGAAAAAGUAAGGCUCAUGAAACAGGUGCAAGAGAAGGAGGAACUACUUCGAAGGCUCAAACUGGUUAAGAUGUACCGAUCUAAGAACAACCUGUCUGAACUGCAGGCUUUGAUAGUGAAAUGGAGAAGUAGUACCCAGCUGAUGCUAUAUGAACUACAGUCAGCUUUUUCUGCAGAUGGCAAGAAAGUGAGUCUCACUCAGCUGAUAGAUACUUUUGGAUUAGAAGACCAGUUAUUGCACUACAGCAGAACAGAAGAAGAUUUUGUAGAUGCGUAA